GCCCCCGCGGAGUCCGCAGAACACAGGGCCAAUCACAGAACAGGAUGAGAAUGAAGUGCAGGACAUGACACAGCUCGAGGAUCUGCAGGAAACAUCGGUGCUCAAUAACCUGCGGAAAAGGUUUGAUAGAGAGAUGAUUUAUACAUACAUUGGUAGCAUCCUGCUCUCAGUAAACCCCUACAAGAUGCUGAAUAUUUACGGGACGGACCACGUGCUAAUGUAUGAAGGGAGAGCUUUGGGCGAGAAUCCUCCGCACCUCUUUGCUAUUGCAAACAUAGCCUACACCAAACUGAUGGAUGCCAAACACAACCAAUGUAUUAUCAUUAGCGGGGAAAGUGGGUCGGGUAAAACGGAAGCCACAAAGUUAAUCCUGCGUUACCUGGUUGCGAUUAACCAGAGACGCGGUGUGACAAAUCAGGUAAAGAUUCUAGAAGCCACCCCUUUGCUGGAAUCUUUCGGAAAUGCCAAAACUGUCCGGAAUGACAACUCCAGCAGAUUUGGGAAAUUCAUAGAAAUCUAUCUAGAGGAGGGCGUAAUUUGCGGUGCCAUAACCUCACAAUAUCUGCUGGAAAAAUCUCGAAUCGUAUUUCAGGCCAAAAAUGAAAGGAAUUACCACAUUUUUUAUGAGAUGCUGGCCGGCCUCCCCUCACAGCAGAAACAGAUGUUUUAUCUACAGGACGCUGAGACCUAUUACUACCUUAAUCAGGGUGGUAACUGUGAGAUUCCUGCCAAGAGAGAUGCAGAAGAUUUUCGGAGGCUCCUGAACGCCAUGGAAUCACUCAGCUUCAAUACAGAGGAUCAAGACAGCAUCUUCCGAAUCCUCUCUUCCAUCUUGCACUUGGGCAAUGUCUACUUUGAGAAAUAUGAGACAGAAUCUCAGGAAGUUGCAUCGGUUGUCAGCGCAGGCGAAAUAAGAGUGGUGUCCGAACUUCUUCAAAUCUCCCAUGAGGGGCUCCAGAAAUCCAUCACCUUUAAAGUAACAGAAACGAUGCGAGAGAAGAUUUAUACACCCCUGACGGUGGACAGUGCUGUAGAUGCCAGAGACGCCAUUGCCAAGAUUUUGUACUCGUUGCUGUUCAGCUGGCUAACGGACAGAAUCAAUAAGCUGGUCUACCCCCGCCAGGAUGCUUUAUCCAUCGCUAUAUUGGAUAUCUAUGGCUUUGAGGAUCUCACAUUUAACAGCUUUGAGCAACUUUGUAUCAACUACGCAAAUGAAUAUCUGCAAUUCUUCUUCAACAAAAUUGUCUUUAAAGAGGAGCAGGAGGAGUACAUUCGUGAACAGAUCGAUUGGAGAGAGAUCACAUUCAGUGAUAACCAACAAUGUAUAGACCUCAUCUCUCAGAAACCGUAUGGAAUUCUCAGGAUCCUUGAUGACCAAAGUGGCUUUCCCCAGGCCACUGACCACACCUUCCUGCAGAAGUGUCAUUACCAUCACGGGACCUCCGAGUUGUAUUGUAAGCCAAAGAUGCCACUGCCAGAAUUCGGAAUUAAGCAUUUUGCUGGGAAGGUAACAUACCAGGUCCACAAAUUCUUGGACAAGAACUAUGACCAGGUUAGACAGGACGUCUUGGAUCUCUUUGUUAAUAGUAAAAUAAAGGUGGUAGCCAAUCUGUUUUUUAGCCAUGCUCAGGUACUUGCCCAGCAGAAAACUAUGAUGGGGAAAAGUAGCACGGUCACUCGAAAGUACAAGGCUUCCACAGUGGCCGCCAAAUUCCAGCAGUCGCUCCUUGAAUUGGUGGAGAAGAUGGAGAGGUGUAAUCCUUUCUUUGUACGUUGUAUCAAACCAAACAGCAAGAAGGAGCCCAACUUCUUUGAGGCAGACAUGGUUACCAGUCAGCUGAAGUACUCUGGGAUUUUGGAGACCAUCCGUAUUCGUAAAGAGGGCUAUCCAGUCAGAAUCCCUUUCCACAUCUUCCUGAGCAGGUACCGUUGCGUCAUGGACCUCGGACGCAAUAUCCAUGCAGAUGGGCAAAUAUGCGUCACUGUUCUUAGAAGGCUGUGUCCAUCCGCCAGCCCUGCGAUGUACUGUAUCGGAGUGAGCAAGCUCUUUAUGAAAGAACGUCUGUAUCAGCUGCUGGAGAGCAAACGUGACCAGCUCAUGAACAAAGCCGCAGUAACCCUACAGCGCUACGCCCGUGGCUUCUUGACGCGGAAACGCUUCUACACGUUACGUCACAGGAUCAUCCAGCUGCAGGCCUUGGCACGGGGCUAUAUGUCCAGGCGUAGGUUUCAGAAUUGGAGGAAGAAUAUGCUAAAGUUUCGGGCACUGGUCCACAUGUACGUGAACCGGAGAAGGUAUCUGAGGAUGAAGGCAGAGGCGCGGAGGCUGGCAGAAGAGGAACGCAAGAAAGCAGAGCAGGAGCUGACUAAGAGAGAGGUAGUUAAUGUCACUCACCUGGAGAUUCCAGCAGAACUCGCGGGACUUCUGCGAUCCACAGGAGCUCUGAAGAAACUCAUUUUGGAGUUUGUGGUGCCCAUUCACUCGCCUAGAGUGCAGGCUGACACGCAACUCACCUUACCCCUCGACAUUAACAACUACCCCAUGUUUAAAUAUGUGCGGGUUUUCUUCAAGGAACCUCUAUUUGGGAUGCUCACUGUGCCACUUGGAUCUUCUCUGCUCCCUAUUGAAGACGAGCUGAGACCACAAGCCAUAACUUCAUUUAAGCUGAUUUUAAGGUUCAUGGGUGACCCGUUCUUGGAUGGAUCCCAAGAAACAUUGUAUGGGAAUUAUGUCAUACAGAAAGGUUUGACAAACGUGGGCCUGAGAGAUGAAAUUUUAGCCCAAAUAGCCAACCAGGUGUGGAGGAACACCAAUCCUAACAAUGAGGAACGUGGCUGGUACCUCCUUGCCUCCUGUCUGAGCUCAUUUGCUCCAUCGCCUAACCUGGACAAGUAUCUACUCAAGUACGUUUCUGACUAUGCCUACAAUGGAUAUAAAUCUGUGUGCCAACACAAGCUUAUUCAGGCAAUACAAAAAUCACAACAAGGGUCAGAGACUGCGAGGACUUUCCCUCCCUGCCUGUUGGAGUGGACGGCAAGCCAAGAGAGAGCUAACAUGGCCCUCGACAUCCAUUGCUUUGAUGGUACCUUGAUUAUGUCUCCUAUUCACUCUUGGACGGAUGGGGAGGAGAUAGCCGGAGAUGUCCUCAGACACAGGGGUGUGAUGGAAGGCUGGCGUGGGUGGUCGGUCUCUAUAAAGGAUGGGGGUAACUGGGCAGAGCUAGCCGGCCAUGAUUACGUCUUGGAUCUGAUCUCUGAUGUGGAGUUACCCAGAGAAUUUCCUAAGCAGAAGUCUUACUUUAUCACAGCUUCGGAGGGGACUCGGGAGACCCUGGAAUAUCCCAGUGUAGUUUUUGCCAAUGGUUCUGACAUGGAGGAAGAGGUUCCGCCACCACCAAACGUAAAAGCACCGACCUUACCACCUCCGGCUGUGCCAGAUUCCGAUGGUUACUACAGCCAUGAUUCAGACACAUUGAGUGAAGCUCCUACUCAGAAAGGGAUGGACCAUUAUCUAGACAGCCUGUUUGACCCGGUGCUGUCCUACGGAAAUGGGGAUCUGGAGAAACUGACUGCCAUGUCCCAAAAGAUGAAAGGUGGUGGAGCAGCUGGAGAGAGAGACAGGGAGGAUGCACCAGAAGGUACCAACAUUCAGGCUGAAGGAUCCCAUCAGGCAGAGCUGGAGCAAGCAAUGUAUGCACAGCAACAAGCGUAUAUCAACCAACAAGCCAUGUUACUGGCCCAACAAAUGACCAUGCAAGCACUGGCACUGCAACAACAAAUGACCAAUAAUUCACCUGGGGAGACCCCACCACCCUCCAGGACCAGACCAAGCAUUCAUUCCCAGACCCGUCAUUCUAGUCAUCGAGUGACCCCAACAGUUGCACCGAUUCCCCGCACUGGGUUACCACCACAGAGGAAUGCUGUGAUGGGUUCCUCAAGUAGGACUCGGACAUCCCCCACCAGAGAUGGUUCCAUGUAUCAUAGAUCUGGUCCCCCAACUCGCUCCCGUCCUGAUGACAUCGUCUUUCACACCAAGGUGAAUUCAGAGUAUUUUCCACAACCAACCCACAAUAUUAAGGACAUUAUUAGUCAAUAUAAGCAGCCGGAAAGGCCCAGAUCACCAGUACCUGUUGUAAGAAAAGAACCACCUAAAUAUUUUGGGAAGAAAAUGGAUCCUCAUGAGGAAGCUUUGAAGAUUCUAAAGAGACAGAUGCCUUCUCGUCCUCUUACUGGACCCACACAAGUCUCUGCUAUGUCUUACGUCCCAAAGUCAUCCAGAGAUACGGUUGCUUUGGUGAAACCAGUACCCAGCAUGAAGGCCAAGAAACCCGACUCCCCACCACCUGUUAACUGUGUAAGACCCACAACAGCAGCUUCAGUGUCUGUCUCUCGGGAACUGUCUGAAGAACAAGAGAAUAUUCAGACCCAGCUGCACCGGCAGUACAGCGAGGAAUACUACACCUAUAACAAUGUGCCUUGGAAAAUAUACAUCAGGAAGGAGGUUUUCUACCCUAGAGACAGUUUCAAUAAUCCACUGAUCCUUGAUCUAAUCUUCAGACAGGUUAUUAAUGAUACUCUGUCAGAAAGUUGCAUUCGGAUAACCAAGGAGGAAAGACAGAAAAUGAGGAGCCUUCUAGCGGAGUACAGAUUAGAUUCUAUAAAUGCCAUCACUGAUGAGGCAGUGAAGAAGAAGAUUGUCACAGCUGCCCGGGAGGAUUGGGAGGUGUACUUUUCACGCCUUUUCCCAGCAGCGGGGAGCGUUGGUACUGGGGUUCAAAUCCUAGGGGUGUCGCACAAUGGGAUAAAACUUCUGAAGAAGCUGAGGAGCGGAGGCUCCACCCCUGAGCAGCUAAGAGUCUUGAGGAGUUACAGUUACACGGAUAUCAUGUUUGUCACGGUUCUCUCCAAGAACAUGCUGGAGUUUAAUCUGACAAAUGAGAAGCUUAUUCUCUUCUCCUCUCGAUCCAGUCAGGUGAAGACCAUGAUAGAUUGCUUCUUGAUGGAGCUGAAAAAGGAUUCAAACUACGUUGUUGCUGUACAGAGCUAUGUGACAGAAGAUAAGAGCUCUCUAAGUUUCCAUAAAGGAGACAUAAUUCGCCUACAAUCUUUGGAAGGUCUACAAAAAGGACAAAACUAUGGAUGCAUCGUGAGAAAGAAAGUGAUGUAUUUGGAGGAUUUGAAACGAGGAACACAGGAUUUUGGCUGGAAGUUUGGGGCGAUCCAUGGUCGAGCCGGUCUCUUCCCAGCAGAGUGUGUGCAGCCGGUCGCAGCGCCAGAUUUUGUCAACCUCCCAGCAGACAGGAAGCAUGAACCACGGGACAGGCAGAGUCGUGCAGCAGCGUCAGCUGCAGUGGCCGUCGCCGUUGCCUCAACUGCCGUGGCUCAAGAGUUUGACAAGAAAACGGAUGGCUCUCCGACUCCCAGUGAAUAUGCAGACAGUUUGGAUGAAUACACGGAUCCUGCCUCGUCGGAGGUUAUAUUACAGGGAUCUCCAUAUAAUAUGGUGGAUUUUGCCAAGAAAUAUUUCCGAGAGGGGCAAAGAAUGAUGGCACAAGCACAAGACGAACAGCCAAAGACCUCAGGGGAAUCCUUCAAACAGGGCUCAAAGAAAAGCAAAGAAGUGAAAGACCCAGCUGACAUGCUGAAAUUUACCAAGAAUCCCAUCCAAGAAUCCCUCAUUGAAUUCAGCGACAGCAACAUGAAUCGGGUCGCCGCAGAGGUUUUCAUGGCUGUGAUGAGGUUUAUGGGAGACGCUCCCAUGAAAGGUCAGUCUGAGCUGGACGCCGUCUGCACUGCCUUAAAGCUGUGUGGGGAGCACGAGGUCCUGAAAGAUGAAGGGUAUUGCCAGAUCAUCAAACAGGUCACAGAUAACGCCAGUACUAAAACAGACUCGUGUCAGAGAGGGUGGAGACUCCUAUACAUACUGACAGCUUAUUACAAAUGUUCGGAGGUCCUCAAGCCUUACUUGUUCAAGUUCCUCCAAGAUACCUGCCGGAGUCCAGGUUUACAUUUCCAAGGGAUUGCAAAGGCUUGUGAGCAGAACCUGCGCAAGACACUGCAAUAUGGAGGCCGCACAGUAUAUCCUAGCACUAUGGAGCUGAAAGCCAUGGUGGCCGGAAGGAGCUCUAAGAGACAGCUCUUCCUUUUGCCGGGAGGAAUUGAGAGGCAUUUGAAGAUAAAGACUUGUUCAGUGGCGUUUGAUGUUGUAGAGGAAAUCUGCAUGGAAAUGGGAGUGCACAAGGAUGAAGCAUUUAGUGAAUACGCUAUUUUUGCUGUAACCAACAGAGGCCAGAAUGUGCGGCCGCUGAAUCGGAAGGAAUAUAUCCUCGAUGUGUCUGCUGAGAUGGAGCAGACUGAUAGCAACUACAUGUUCUGGUUUAGACGGGUUAUCUGGACACAGUCUCUGAAGUUUGAAAAUGAACUCUACGUGACAAUGCAUUACAACCAGGUGCUUCCUGAUUAUCUAAAAGGAUUAUUUAAUGUCCUGUCCCACAUGAAACCAACGGAGCAACAGUUUCAGCAGAUUUCAAGGCUAGCAGCUCUCCAACACCGAGCCAAAGACAGCGUUUACCUGCCUACUGUCCGAGAAGUUCAGGAUUACAUCCCAGGCCAAUUCUGCAAAGUAGUGAAGCCCCAAUCUUGGCUAAAUAUGGUGAUGCAGCACAUGCAACAGAUCCAGCCACUCAGCCCCCACCAGGGACGGGCUCAGUUUUUAGGUCUUGUGAGCGCCUUCCCCAUGUUUGGAUCAUCUUUCUUCUAUGUUCAAAGCUGUAGCAACAACCUGGUUAUAUCCCCUUGUAUCUUGGCCGUCAACCAGAAUGGGCUGAACUUCCUCAACAAAGAAACUCACGAGCUGGUGGUGACAUUCCCUCUAAAGGAGAUCCAGAGUACGAGAACCCAACGUCCCGCAUCCGGUUUUAGUUACCCUUAUGUAGACAUAACACAGGGAGACAUGAUGUCCCAUAGAGUAACACAGCUACAGCUGGAGCAGGGUCUGGAGCUCUGCAGAGUGGUCGCUGUUCACAUGGAGAAUCUCCUAGUGAAGUGUGAUAAACGCCUCACUCUCCCGCCCAGCGAGAUUACAUUACUCUGAGUUCUCCUCUGUCCCAGCCACCAAGUCCUGUCAACCUCAAUGUGUGCAUAUUCCAGCACAUGAAUACAGCAAACUGCUCCAAGCACUUCACUGUCACCAGCCGGGACCUCUUAACCCAUGCUUCAAUGAAAUCCACCAUGAAUAAUAAGCAAUUCUCUAUCAGGUCUGGGCGUAAUAAACCUGCUGACUAAUUGUGUUUGGUAAUUAGCAGAUAACAGACUCUCUGCAUGCUUGAUGACAUCACUCAGUUAUAGGCUAAGCUGGAACUCCGUCACACUUGGGUCAAUCAUGACCAGAUCCAUCACUCUCUAGAGCUUAGGUGGGCACCUGUACCCUUUACUUGCUAUUUGACUACAACUCCCAUCAAGCAUAUAUAGCGUGCUACUGGGCAAUGGUAAAGGACUUGGAAAUUACCAACCAGCAAGCACAUCAGCCACCUCUUCCUACAGUGGACAUCAAUGCAAAGUAGGAGACAUCAUCGCUGACAGAACACAGGGGAGAUUUAUAAUGGAAAACAAAAUGGAGCAAUUACCAUGGAAACCCUAGAAUGUUUUUGUUAUAACUGUUUUCUCCCUCUGGGAACUUUUCCCAACCUUUAUGAAAUCAGUACUAUCAUAAAUAACCAUCAAUGACUAACUAAGAGUCUCCCCGCCAGGUCUAGCACCUAUAAAGCAUUCUAGAUCAUGGGUUUAGAUUAAUGGGAUUAAAAGGGAAUAACCCCUCCGUGUUUCCAAUCACCAUAUCGUGUAAGAAGGUCAUUUGCACUAUGAGACAAGAAUACAAAAUAGGAUAUUUCACUGUAGUUUGCAUUGAACUUGGCAGCGUGACGUUUCGGCUUGAAUUCUGAUGGAAUCUUGGCAGAACUGCAUGGUUCCACUGGACCAAGCAGUAACUCAGUGAGUGCAGGUGAAAACCUGAAUUCCCAUUGAGGUCAUCAAAUAACGUGUGCAUAGAAACUCAGCAAACCGGUAAUAGUGAGAAGAUAGAUAGAUAUGCUAAUUGUCUUUUUGAUGAAUGUUGUCAAACUAUUGGCCAAUGUAUAUUAUAAGGCCCCAUCUUGCCCAGUUACAUUGUUAUUUCAACAGAUUUCUAGGUAUCUUUCUUAAUUUAAUAGUUAAACAACACUAAUCUAACACUAAAACCUCCCUAGUAUAUCUGUGUCCUCUACCUGUUUCAGGGGAGCCUUAUUAUUGCACUUUAUAGGCCGUUUUAAACAAACACACACGUAAAAACCAUUAAGUGGCGUUUUACGUGACUGAAUAGAUCAUAAAAUGGGAGGAUUUCACCGCCACAAACAAGUGGGAGGACAGACGCUAUAGAUUCUAGAGAAAACCAACGCCGAUAUGUUUUUUUUUAAUCACUGCUAUUUUGUGAACAAUAGAAAGUUAAUCUUAAUUUUCUAACCAAGUUAACUGAUUUCUGUACCUACAAAUUUGUGUUUAUUUUGUAGAUUUUUUUU